UGGUUGUAUAAGCCAUAGAUGGUCUGUGGAGGAUUCUUACUGUGGAUUUAACAGAGAGGAGGUGAUUAAGUCACAGCAACACAUCUCUGUCGAGGUUUGGACAAUUUUCUAAACAAGGGACUACGUGAAAAGCGUCCAAAUCAAUUGUCCAGCACACAUCACCAAAAUGACAUCUGCCUCUGCGAAGGUAGGAGAGAUUUUCUCAGCAGCAGGAGCCGCCUUCACCAAACUUGGAGAGCUAACGAUGCAAUUGCAUCCCGUGUCUGAUUCCAGCCCUGCAGGAGCCAAAUGGACAGAGACAGAGAUAGAAAUGCUCCGUUUAGCAGUAAGGCGUUUUGGAGAUGACUUAAACAGCAUUAGCACUGUAAUAAAAGACCGCACUGUAGCCCAGAUAAAGAGCACAGUGAAGAGAAAACUGUAUGAAGACAGCCGGGUCCCCAUCUCCUCAGAAUCUCCCAAAAAGGCCAUCAAGAAAACCACUGUCACCAUGGCACAGACACCAGCUCCCGCUGCUCCAGCCAUGAUCACUGUGCCAACUUCACAGGUCGUUGUGGCAACGGGCAUGCAGAACAGCUCUUCUCUCGCCCCGCCGAUCAAGAAGCAGAAAACUGCAGACGUGACACUGAGCGCCUUAAAUGAUUCUGAUGUGAACAGUGACCUUGUGGAUAUUGAAGGGCUGGGUGAUGGCUCCUCCAGCAAGAAGCUCAACUUUGAUCAAGAGAGCCUAAACCUCGAUUCCAGCCUCAUCAUGAACUCCAGUGACCUUCCUCUUCUGUCCCGCUGAUGUUGUUACUGCCCAACACAAGGUGUUUUUCUUGUUUUUCAAGGGACUGUUGCACCAUGGACAGGUCACUGCCAGCAAAAUCAAGACUGUUAGAGACUUUGUUCAAGAGGCACAGAACUGUGGUUCCAUAUUCUGACGACCUCCUCCCUUUGGACAGAUUUUUCCACAAAAUGCUCUAUGUUGCUUCCCUUCCCAUUUCAAGCACAUUUUCAGUUCAAUAUUUAAGGUGUUCAUUCCAAAACACUAUGCAUCCAUUUUCUGUGUGGUUGGGGGGGGUUAUAUGACAUUUAUUGCUCAAUAUUUAAAACAGAGAAAUGUUUACAUCCUAUUAACAAUAGUAUGUUGUGAACGGUGCAAAAUGGUAAAUAAGAAUGAUGGGCAUCAGUGAGUUGAGCAACUGUGCCAGUGGUAAUUUUGUUUGUGAAAUCAAGACAAAUUUUUGUAAUCAUGGAAAAGAAUUGAAACAAAAAAAAAGCAAAUCAUAAAGAAAAAGUAAUUUGUACUGAAUAGGUGGGCACAGAUGUUUGUAACUUUUUGCAGACCAGAUCUUCGCUUAAUUGAUGUUAAAUGAUGAUUUGGGGUAAUUGAGCAAGUAUUUUUCCCUCCAAGAAAUGUGUAUGUAGGAUUUUGGCAGAGAACUUUCAAAUUGUUUUUCCAACGAGGAGUGUUUGAGGUAUUUGUGUGUAUAUGUCAUGCUAAGUCAGGUAUGCAGGCCUGGAUAGCUUGGAAAUAUUUGUGGGGAAAAGGCUGAAAAAUUCCAGUGCUCCAAAAAAAUUGUGAACUACAGUAAUGUAAAAUUGAUAUAUAACUAAACGUUGUUCAGUUUUGAUACACACGACUACACACCAUAUUAGAGGACCCCAUAGAGGACCUGCUUAUGUUUAAGAUAAUGUGGUAUUUGGUGGUGUUAGAAAUAAAAUGCUAUACAGUAAUUAACCAUGUUGAAAGUCAUUGUCCAGCCACUUUUAGUAUACAGAAUAAUUGGACAUCAUGCAAAGUCUUAAAAGUAAGGUCUGAAAAAUAACAUGGAGAUCUGCUAUGGAAAAAUAUGUGGGAAUCCUGUGUAAUAUAAUGGGAUUUUGUAUGCCUCCACUCAUUCCUUGGAGUAAAGUAUGUUUAUCCCAAGAAAUGAUCAUGCUCUUUGUUUCAUACUGCAAAUUAGUGAUGCAUUUUACUUUUGUCUUUUAUUAAUCAGCGGCUGUAACAAAUGUUAAACAUCCUUAUUUUUAGGUUAUUUAGUAAAGAAAAAAGUAAAAUCCAAAUUGUCAUUGUGGUUGCGCAUCAUUUUGUUUUUUUCCCUUUCCUAGGCCUACGAAUAAAUAAUUUGCUAACAUGUUUGACAGUCGUGUUAGCUAAUGUCACCUGAUCAGAAAGAUGCACUUCAUUUGCCACUUUUUCCAUUCACUUCAUUUACCAACUAAGUUGGGAGUGGAUGGUGUCCGAGUGGCGUGGCGGUCUAUUCCGUUGUCUACCAACAUGGGGAUCGGCGGCUCGAAUCCCCAUGUUACCUCCGGCUUGGUCAGGCAUCCCUACAGACACAAUUGGCCAUGUUUGCA